AAUAAUAGAUUAAAGAAAAUAAAAUGCACAAAUAAAAACAUUAAUGUUUAAGGUUUUGUCUUACAAUGCUAAUAUUUCACAUAUUCUGUAAAUAAUUGUACUUAACAUGUCAAAUUGCACAAAACCAAUAUUACAUAUUAUUGUUAUUGGAUUUCACCACAAAAAAGGCUGUCAGAUAGAAUAUUCAUAUCCUCCAUUAGAAAAAGAUGAUACUUCUGAAUGUCCUACGGCUUGGAAAUAUUUACCUACAUUAGCUUUGCCAGAUGGAUCCCAUAAUUUUACGGAAGAUUCUGUAUUUUUUCAUUUACCAGGAUUACAAAAGGAUGAACAGACUAUUUUUGGAGUAUCAUGUUAUAGACAAUUACCAGUGGAGAAAUUAGUUAAUAUACCUUCUGAUGUAACUCGCAGCACUGUUCAAAAAUCAGUUUGUGUUCUAAGCACCUUACCUUUAUAUGGUCAUAUUGAGAUAAAACUUGCAUUAAUAGCGCAUGCAUUUUUUGAACAAGGCGACUUCAGCCAAACCAAGAUAUUGCAGGAUGCAUAUCAUAAUAUGAACCAAUGUUUUGGCUCAAAUGAAAUUUUAGAAAAAAUAACUAUAGGAUUAAGUGUCAGAGAUUUAGUGUUGAGGUGGCGUCAUAAAAUAUUAGUUUUAUUUAAAUUAAUAUUAUUGGAAAAAAAGGUUGUCAUAUUUGGUUCACCAGUAAGGCCAUUAUGUCUAGCCCUAUUAACUAUAUUAUCUCUUCAUCCCAAUAUUAUAGACAAAGGAUUAUUUGAGUCGGCAAAUACAGGAACACUUGAUAUAAAAAGAAAAAUAUCUAGUAAUAAUGCAAAUACAGAUAAUAUCAAUGCGGAAAAGCAGAAUUUAAAUAAUUCUACUGAAUUCAUAAAUCACAGAAAUAAUGAAAUUGAUGGAAAAGAUAUCUCUGAAGAUAAUUCUAAAAAUAGUCAUGAUAACAAGGGUGCAAAAAUUUCAAAUGCUAUAAAAAAUGAGACUAAUUUAGAAGUUAAUGAUGAUUUUUAUGAUAUUAAUGAUUCACAAUUAGUAAACACUUGGUCUGAAGAUUCAUUAGACGGCGCUGGUGCCAACGUUGAUUCUAGAGUGCGAGCUAUAGAUACUCUAAAUUGGGGAGGACCACUUCCAAUUUUUUCAAAUGGAUACCUCUGCUUUCCAUAUCUUUCACUACCAUAUAUGGAGUUACUAACUGAGCCAAAAGUAAAAGGAUAUAUUAUUGGAGCCUCUAAUGUUUUAUUUCGCCAAAAACGAAAUCUUGCUGAUAUUCUCAUAGAUGUUGAUAAUCUAACAAUGCAGUGUUAUGAUCCUGAACUUAGAAAACAGUUAACAUUAAGCACAGAAGACUUGAGAUUUGCUGAUUGUUUAGUCAGGAAUACUUUCAAUCCUAUUAACUUAGUAUCCGCUAGUAACCAUUCAUUAGUAACAGGUGCCGGUCACGAUUCUACUAUUGGUGGUGAAGUUUGGUUGAGAGCUCAAUUUCAAUUAUAUUUUAUGUCUAUGUUACAAACAGCAAUGCAAUCAGAUGAUCCCGCAAGCCUUAAUCAUUUCAAUGGAAACUUUGUAUCAGCAUGGCGCCGAACAGACUCAUUCAAGACCUGGUCAGAAAACUUUGGGACAACAUUACAAAAUUUGGAUGAUUUUCCUGCUACUCAUCCAUGUGUUGGACAACUAUCAGUUGGCGAUGUCAAAUUGAGAUUAACACAGACCAUGCAAAAUAGUGAGAGUGGACGGAAAAUUAAUCUUGCUGUUUCUAAUACAAGCAGAGCUGUAGGUGGAGCUUUGUCACAAGCACGAGGUGUUUUUUCCAAUUGGUGGAGUAGUAUAACAACAACGCAAAAUGCAAUUGAUCAAGAUGCUAUCAUAGCUACUGAAAAGGAUUCAGAUAGUUUAACGAAUAGUUCGUCUAUUAACAAUAUAGAUGUGUCAAUGGCUCAAAAUAAAAUCCAGGACGUAUAAUAUUGUUUAUAUUCAUAUUCUUGUUUAAAAAUUAUUUUAUAUUGAAACAUUAUCAAGG